AUGAGGAUCGGCGUGAAAGAUUCCACCAUGGUGAGGCCAGCGGCGGAGACGCCGAUGAAAAGCCUGUGGAACUCCAACGUGGACCUGGUGGUGCCGAACUUCCACACCCCCAGCGUGUACUUUUACCGGCCGACCGGGGCGAUGAACUUUUUCGACGCUACCGUGCUCAAAGACGCGCUCAGCCGUGCACUGGUGUCGUUCUAUCCCAUGGCUGGUAGGUUGAAGAGAGAUGAAGAUGGCCGCAUAGAGAUUGACUGUAAUGGUGAAGGAGUGCUGUUCGUGGAGGCGGACUCUGACGGGACAGUGGAUGAUUUCGGCGACUUUGCUCCGACGCUGGAGCUCCGCCGCCUUAUUCCGGCUGUGGAUUAUUCUCAACCAAUAUCGACGUAUCCACUUCUGGUGUUACAGUUCACAUAUUUCAAGUGUGGAGGAGUCUCCCUAGGCGUUGGAAUGCAACAUCAUGUAGCAGAUGGAUUUUCUGGUCUUCAUUUUAUCAAUACAUGGUCCGAUAUGGCCCGUGGUCUAGACAUUACCGUCUCGCCUUUCAUCGACCGGACUCUCCUCCGUGCACGUGAUCCACCCCAGCCACAGUUCAAGCACAUCGAGUACCAGCCUCCUCCGGCCAUGAAAACCCCUUCUCAAAAUAACCCUAAAUCUGAUCCCGAUACGGUUGUUUCGAUAUUCAAACUAACUCGUGCCCAACUCAAUGUCCUAAAAUCCAAGUCGAAGGAUGAGGAAAACACGAUUUCCUAUAGCUCGUACGCAAUGUUGGCAGGGCAUGUAUGGCGUUGUACGUGUAAUGCACGAGGACUUCCCGAGGAUCAGGAAACAAAGCUUUACAUUGCAACCGAUGGGCGUUCUAGGCUGCAACCUCCACUCCCCGAGGGAUAUUUUGGGAAUGUGAUAUUCACAGCCACUCCUAUUGCAGUAGCUGGUGAUCUCCAAUCAAAGCCCAUAUGGUACGCUGCGAGUAAAAUUCACGAUGCUUUAGCUCGAAUGGACAACGAUUACUUGAGAUCUGCUCUCAAUUACUUGGAAUUGCAACCGGAUCUUAAGGCCCUUGUUCGUGGUGCACAUACUUUUAGGUGUCCAAAUCUUGGAAUAACAAGUUGGGUUCGGCUGCCAAUCCACGAUGCAGACUUCGGUUGGGGUAGGCCGAUCUUUAUGGGACCCGGUGGGAUAGCCUACGAAGGUUUGAGUUUUGUAUUGCCUAGUCCAGAAAACGACGGGAGCUUAUCUGUUGCGAUUUCGCUUCAAACGGAACACAUGAAAGUUUUUGAGAAGCUGUUGUAUGACAUUUGA